AUGUCAACAACAUUGUUAAAUAGAAGAAUGAAUCAAUUAUUAAAUUCCAUAUAAGUAAAAUAAGAAGAAUGCAUAAGAUAAAAUAUAAUUGAUUUGUAUAAUAAUAUACAAGAUCCUGAAUUUGAUCAAUACUUAUUUUAGUUAUGGUAGUUACUCUUACAUUAGGUUUAGUUUUCUCUUCUAUGUUACAGAUCAUAAGUAGAUAAAGGAAUUACUUUAUAAUUAUGCAUUUAUAGAUAAUUCACAUUUCUUUAGAUUAGAGUGGAUGUUAAAAGCUUUGAAUGAGAAUUCUAAGAAUGAAAAAGUCAAGAAUGGCUUUACUACAUUUUUGAAUGUAAUUAUAUAGAAAUAUUUUGAAUUUAGUAAUUAUGUUUAGAGUUCGCUUAAAUAAAUUAAAUAGUGGAAUCAAAAGAAGGUAAAAUUAAAUUGAAAAUUUUAGGCAAAUUCAUUAAAGGUUGCCGAUAUAGUUAUAAAGAAAAAUAGGAUCUAAUAAUCUUUAAUUUGAUAGAACAAAGUUUGAGAUUGAAAAAAAUUGAUAUAGAAAAGCAAAAAAAUCAUAUGAAGAUAUUUUUAGCAUCAAUAAAUUAAAUGAUUACAAGUUUAAGAUUUUAAGAAUAACCUGAAUUUAGAGGAAUAACAAUACCAUUUAAUUAUGGCAAUACAGAUUCAUUUUUAAUAGUAAAUUUACUAGAAGAUGAGUUUACUUGUUUCAAUACAGCAAAAAGAGUUCCUUAUAAGAUUAUAAUAGAAACAGUAAAGUAAAUUUAAAUAAAAUUAACAAUUAGUCCUUCUGAAUUAUAAUUGAUAUAGAGUAUUAAUGAAUUAUUUUAAAGUAACUUACCAGAAUUAACUCCUUUAUAUGAUAUAGAAAAAGAAAUGAAAACUAUUUCAUAAAUAAAAAUAUAUUAAUAAUAUAAUAUAGAGGAAUUAAAGAAGUAUAAAAUUUGAUAAAUAUUUUAGAUUGGCCUUAAAGAAAAUAGAUUUUUAAAGAAUAUAAUAUUUGUAAAAGUAAAGUAAGUUUAAAGAAAAAGAUAUAUAUGUAUCUAGAUCAUCAAAUAAUUCAAUUUGGGGAGAAGAUUGGGAUAUUACAAAAUAAAAAAUAAAAUAAAUUUCAUAAUAUGGAAAUUUGAAAUCUCAUGAUGUUAGAUAAAUUAUAAUAAAAGGAGGUGAUGAUCUUAGAAGUGAACUAUUGAUAAUGUAAAUGAUGAGAAAAAUCAAUUAAAUAUUUACAUAAAAGUAAUUAAAUCUUUACCUUCGACCUUAUGAUAUAAUUCUAACCUCUGCAAAUAGUGGUAUUUUAGAAUUUAUACCAAAUACUGUUUCUUUGGAUAAGAUCAAAAGAGAAUAUGAAGGUAUCUCAUUGAGAAAAUUUUAUUAAAUGAAUUUUUAAGACUUUCAAGCAGCUCAAAAGAACUUUGCUGAAAGUUUAGCAGCAUAUUCAUUAAUAUGCUAUUUAUUCUAAUUAAAAGAUAGACAUAAUGGGAAUAUCUUAAUUGAUAAUAAAGGCCAUAUAAUUCACAUAGACUUUGGAUUUGUAUUGACUUUGACUCCAGGUAAUAUUGGAUUUGAAUCAGCUCCAUUUAAAUUAAUAUAUGAAUAUGAGGAAUUAUUAAAUGGUAAAGAUAGUGAUAUGUUUACAUAUUAUAAAAUUCUAAUAUUUUCAGGUAAUCAUAAUUAUUAUAUUUAGGUAUUGCAAUAUUGUAAGAAAACAUUACAGAAUUAUUAACUUUUGUUAAAUUAAUUAAUUUCAGUCCAAAACAUAAUCUUUUGGCUUGUUUAGAGAAUUUUAAUAUUAAUGAAUUCAAGAAAAGAUUUCAUGAAAAUGUUGGAUAAAAGAAUCUAUAUGAAAUUGUGGAGAAUUUGGUUAAAUAAUCAAAUAAUUCAUUAAAGACAUUGUUAUAUGAUUAUUUUUAAUACUAAACCAAUACUAUUUAUUAUUGAC